AUGCGCUCCUCGCGCAUUGCCAGCCAGGCGAUGCGUCUCGCGGCCGAACCUACACGCAAGCCUUAUAUCUGCCGCGCAUGCUUGGCCCAGGGCGCCCGCCAAUUCCACGCAUCUUCUCGUAACAAUGCAGAUGUUCCCUUCUGGAAACGGAUGAAAGAAAGCGUCUUCGGUUCUGAAGACGCGACACGAGAUGAGGCAUCCCGCGAAGAGAAGCAACGCAAGCGACUGGAGCAAGCAGCAGAGGGGGACACAGGGCUCCAAACCAAAACAGACAGGUUUGGCAACGAGUACGUAUCUGCGGAGAUUGUGGAUCCUAGCACGCGCAAGGACUACAAGCCAGCGAACACAUGGGAGGGACUGGAAAGAAUUGGAAGCGAAGCGUGGGUGCGGAAGAGGGCAGACCAAGGAGAGAAGUACGUCGGGUAAGUUGAUUCACGCUCUGUGGAUUGCCUACGGCCGUUUUGACUGGGAAUUACAGGUUCAUGCCGCGAAGGCCAUUGCAAUUGGCCGACGUGCAAUGGCAAAAGCUUCUGCAUCACAUCACGGUCGAGGUUCUGACGCUCUCUGCAGCUCGCCGGAAUGUGCUUCAGAUAUGCAAUAGGGGGACUGUCUCCGCGGAGGCCUGGGCUCUGACUGCGGAAGCUAAAAUAUACGUCAGGGGCGAUAGGGCAUUUGCUCAAUGGGAUAGGAUGGGAGCCGAGCAAUCAUUGCUGGCUAGAAUGCCCCGAGGAGAGCAAAAUCCUUUCUCGCACGCAGGUUCUGCGCCAGAGUUGAAAGCCGCUCAAGGGGAAGGUUGGCAUAAGAGGAGGGAAUGUAUGAAGGUGUCACUUGGAGAUCCCAUGGUCAAGCUUGCGGUGCGUAUCAACCUUUUCACCAACGGAUCAAUACAUAGACUAACACAUACGCUUGCCCAGAUCCUGAAGCGUGUGAUGCAACUCACAGGCAAGCGCAUUCCCGAUGUCGCCGUCUCCGACGCCAAAACAGUGCAAGACCUCUAUGAUGCUUUCAAGACCAAAGAGAAGCCAAAGAAGCUCUAUCAAACCGAGGAGAUGGGGAGUAUGUCAAAGCAAUUGCGAAAUGUGACGGUGCAUCCCGAAAGACAGACAUCGGUACACAAGGAGAAGAGCAUUGGAAGAUGGAAGGUCAUCGAGGAGGAAUUGGCAUUGCGGAAUCUGCCUGCGUUCCACAGAACAGGACGUGCGCAGGCACAGCCUCGGUCUGCCUAAGACAGUCUGAUGGACGGCUUCAGGACGAACAGGCCGGCGAACACAUCGCCUACAUCAAUAGGUGUGUAUCAAAGCAUAUGUGGAACUGACUGCUUCGCGUUCCAUUCGUUGGCCGUUCGCGUUCGUCAAGCCAGCGUCCUGUGUCUUUGGGUCGUCAUUCACAUUCGGCUUAGCAGCUUUCGUGGCCAACAGCUCCAGAUAUUCCAGCAUUCGAAGAUUGUAGUGCAGUUCUUGCGCCUCAGUACUCUGCGCGAGUUCGCGGGAGCAGCCGAUGCAAGGCGAAGCGGCUGACUCCAGCUCUGCAGACGAGCUGAGCUGCACUGCCGCCCACAACUUCAUCCUCCGCCGCCAACAGCCAGCGGGAGGAGCGCACACCUAUUGACAUAGUCAUUCCGGCAUUGGAAUGCUCUCGAAGGCUUGUAGUCCAUGGCGACAGAUCCGAACGAAAUACUGGUGGACAGGAUGGCAAACGGACCCGUGCGACACACCGUGAAUCCGGCGGACUUGAUGUUUUCCAGCAACGAACACGAUCAAUCGGCACCCGUCAACGCGGACGCACCAGAUCCACAGGCUCAAGGCAACAUCUGGAGUGGCACGCCAGUAUACGCGCGAGAACCGGCUGUUUCGUUCGACCAAGCAAACCAUCUACCAAGCACCGGCUGGGAGCAUCUCAUGUGGACCGGGGACCUGAGCUACAGUAGCCACGACAGCAGUCCCGCCGACAAUGCCUUCGGUUGGCAAAGUCUCGUCCACCGCUUCGGAGAGCAGGACCUUGCCAUGAGCCCUGCGGAUGGCUUCGACAGCGCUUCCAUGUCGCGGAAUGUCUCGUUUGCUACAUCGGAUCAAAGCUCGUUCCAGACUGAGAUUAGCUUUCCCGACAAAAGGGUCGAUCGACCCCGACAGACCAGGCCUCAUCGAGGGCAAGUGUAUGCCGAUAUGUCUGUAAGUGGCACAGAAGCUGUCUUGGAAGACUCGGACAGCCACGAUUCUUGGACUACAGCCGAAAAUGUGGGACCAUGGUGUGCGCGCUUCAGAGAGAGACUUCUCCAGUUCCGUCGUCAUAAAGAUCGAGUGUCCGUUAUCACUUCGCCCUUGCAGACCCGGCAGCGAACAAAGGUCCACUCGAUGGCGAACCUUUGGGGACUGAGCCACACGAGCAUUGGCACGGGGAGGAGCAAGAGGAUGCUCCUCAGCAAAUGCGAGCUCACACCAACCUCGACAUCAUCAGAAAAGAGAUGGAACCCUACCCGUGACAAUUGGUCCCGUGGGCUGGUGAAUCCCACCAUCAUACUCGUGGAUUUCGUCUCUUUACAACUCAGCUCAGGCCGGAUCCAGCAGUGUCUGCGAGAAGCAGGUCUCCCGACCCCGAAGAGGCUGACCAUUGACUACAAUACCAAGACCUCCCCCAUGCCACAGUAUGCAACAGUAUACGCCAUGUUCCAGCGCGUCGAAGAAGCCAUGGAAGUCAUACUCGCGCUCGACGGCAGUCGGCCGAAUUGGAACGGCGUCGACACGACCAUGGAAAGCGAUUUCGUGCACUUCCCCCCUGGCUUCGACCUCUCCGACACAGCUCUCCAAGCCUUUGACUCUCUGCCCGGACUCAUGCGCUCGGAAAAAGCACGACUCAGCCAACAAAAGUCUCUCCUCAAGUCUUCCAACCCAUAUCCCUCCGAGACCGAGGAAGAAGAAGAAACGGAAGACGACGCCUACCCGGACCACAUGUCCUCCAAAUCCGCCGCAAAGACUCCCCGCCAACGCUACUUCCGCAACACUUCCCACGGAUCUCCUCACUCUCGAGAUCCGGGCUAUGCCUCGGCCACUUCCCUCCCGUCUGACCACGACCACGAUUCGGAAACAUCGACGAGUCGAAAGCGAAAACGCAUCCCCAAGGUCCCGGGGGGCUUUCCGUGUGCGUUUGAGGACUGCCAUCGGGUCUUCGACCGGGACGGCGAUCGGCGGAAACACGAAAAGAACCACACGGCGCGACGGCCUCAUGCGUGCACGCACUGUGGCAAAGGGUUCCUGUUCCCGAAAGAUCUUCGGAGGCAUGUGAGGGGGGUACACGAAGGCGGGAACGGAAGUGAUACCGGAGGAGGGGGUGGUGGUGGCGAAGUGGAGGAGGAUGGAGCUACGACGGGGACACAGCGUGAGUAGGGUCCAUGAAAAGUCAUAUCGGCCUUUUUGAGAGAAGGCGGAAUGGAAUUGGAGAAAAGCUGACGAGAGUGGGAUCUAGCUGUGCCCAUCGCGGCGCCACUGCGACAGCAGGAUCGAUUCCGGAGGCUGUAUCAGACGAAGCCAUUCGUUCGGGGCACGAGUAAGCUGUCUUCCUCGUACAGCUGA